AGGUCUCAACCCCCCUUGCUGUGGCCUACCUGUGGAUGGAAUAAUAAGAUCUUGUGCUCAUUACUAUAUACUUGUUCAAUUCUCUCUUACUUCUUUUUCUUUCUUACAUCAUCAUGGAACGUGUUUAUAUCGAGGUUAUGGACACCAAUAAGUCUCGUGCUUACGGUGUGCCGCGAAGUUAUCCAGACUGGGUGUUGAACUCAAUCGAGUUUAAUAAAGGACGAUCUGAUGAG